AUAUUUUUCCAAUUUGGUGGAAUCCGAGCCGAGCAUGCGCAGUUGUUUACGGUCUGGGAACGCCCACAUCCUGGUACUGCUUGUCUCACGUGUUCAAACAAGCGGAACAGAGAAAGUCUCUUCAUAUGAAAUGAACAGUGAUCCUCCAACUGUAGCUUUGGAUUUGAGUCAAGACCAAUGGCAGGCUGUCUGACAGAGUUGAUCACAGCAUGUUCCAACAUCACACUGUCCGUCUCUGCCCUGUACACAGCAUAUCAGCUCUUCAAGGACCACAGAGCUCCAGCAGUGGGUUUCUUUCUGCUCGGUCUCUCCUCAGGCCUCUGCACCCUGCCUCUCUCCUUCAGCCCAUACCUGACCUCUGUACAGGGGGACCUGGAGUGGGCCGGCGAGGUCCUGGCUCCACCGCUAGUCUCCUUCGGCUUCCUGUGGCUCAGCGAAGACCGCACCACAGCCAACACCCUCCUUAUUGGCUCAGCUCUCCUCCCGGUGCUCUGCGAUUGGCUGUCAGCGGACGAGUUGAUGCUGAUGUCACGCUGUCUGGCGCUGUCUGCCGUCUCCUGCUCGCUCACUGUGUGUCUGUUUGCGGGAAACGCUGUCGGGGCCCUGGGCAGUGUGGCCCUCAGCCUGCCCCAAAUGGUGGCCCCCAUGGUGGGGGUCAAGACUCUGGCUCCCCUUGUCUCUCCAGGGGCCACCGUGGGACUGCUUCAGUGGCUCCUGAAGGGCUCCAUGGCUGUAGGGUGCUGGGCCUCUGAGAAGGCACUUAGCAAGUACCUGUUGGAACUGAAGGACCUGGACUCCCCAUUUUAACUUGUUACCACUGUAACUCAGGGUUUCCCCAAACUCAGUUCUCAGGACCCCGGGGUUUCCUUUCUUUCCUAAGCACUACACCGCUUAUUCAAAUAAUCAACUAAUCAUCAAGCUUUGUAGUGUUUGGGCAAAAACCAAAAGGUGCACCCCUUGGAGUCCCGGGCAUGGAGUUUGGGAAACUGUAACAUCACUGUAACAGUUACUGACUGUCUGAACAGUUCAAUAGUCCCUCACACAUGAUCAUGACUGAUUGUUAAGUUGAUGUGGUCUCAUGAUGUGCACAUAGAGCUGCUGACAGAAGAGAACCAGAUGGAGGGUCUAUUUAUUUUGUCCUGCAGGGCCUUGCCUCAUAGAAGUAGAACGAAUAGAACGGUCUGGAAUCUCUGACCCUGGCGAUAUGACUGGUAAAGUCAUGGGUGCACUCAAAAUGAGCACGCUUGUUCUACGUAUUCUAGCACUGUGGCUUGCCUUUGAUCUGUAGCCAAUAACCUUUCCAAUUCCUACUGGCCAAUGACCUUUCCAAUUCCUACUGGCCAAUGACCUUUCCAAUUCCUACUGGCCAAUGACCUUUCCAAUUCCUACUGGCCAAUGACCUUUCCAAUUCCUACUGGCCAAUGACCUUUCCAAUUCCUACUGGCCAAUAACCUUUCCAAUUCCUACUGGCCAAUGACCUUUCCAAUUCCUACUGGCCAAUGACCUUUCCAAUUCCUACUGGCCAAUGACCUUUCCAAUUCCUACUGGCCAAUGACCUUUCCAAUUCCUACUGGCCAAUGACCUUUCCAAUUCCUACUGGCCAAUGACCUUUCCAAUUCCUACUGGCCAAUGACCUUUCCAAUUCCUACUGGCCAAUGACCUUUCCAAUUCCUACUGGCCAAUGACCUUUCCAAUUCCUACUGGCCAAUGACCUUUCCAAGACAUUAUCCAUAUGAUCCAUAUAAGGAUGCCAUUCUGCCAAUUUGGAGGUGACAUGAUCCACCAUUGGGACAGGUGGCUGUUGCCAGUGUAUGAGCACUGUCAAGGACGUUGUUCUACUUGUUCAGCUUAUCGUCAUGGCCAGGGAGCUCUGCUCUGUUAUCCAAGUACUGUCAUCUAUGCAAGUCGAAGAAGCACUGGUGUCUAAUUCUAAAACUGUAAACAUUAUUGAUGAUAUUAGUAACAGCGGUUGAUAAUAUUUUAUGUGCUAAAAUAUUGAUUUGCUAAAGUAUCAACAAAAGGAGUAGUGCUUGGAUCUAACGCUUGUAUGUACUGAUUGUCAUGGGUCACUAAUACUCCCAACCUCUUCCACUCCGCAUGUUAGAAAGUCUAACUCAUCUCUGGAUGUUGAUUUACAGGACAGUGUCAUUACCAAUUGGCUAUAAAAGAUUCUAUCUGCUUACUCUGUGAAAAUAUCCUCCCAACGGUGGCUCUAUGAGGAGGAUGGAAGUGCCUUCCAGACAUUUACUACUGUCUAUGUCUAUGAGGGUGCCCCCCAAAUAUCACCCUAUUCCCUAUGUAGUGCACUACUUUUAAUCAGAGCCCAUUUUGCCUCCCAAAUAUCACCCUAUUCCCUAUGUAGAGCACUACUUUUAAUCAGAGCCCAUUUUGGGAAUAGGGUGGCAUUUUGGGGCACACUCUGGUUGAACCUGGGCUGGCUUGACUUCAGUGUCUUGUCCUACGAUGAGCACCAAACAGCUUGUACUAGACUAUGCUCACUGUGAAGCCAAACAGCUUAUACUAGACUAUGCUCACUGUGAAGCCAAACAGCUUGUACUAGACUAUGCUCACUGUGAAGCCAAACAGCUUAUACUAGACUAUGCUCACUGUGAAGCCAAACAGCUUGUACUAGACUAUGCUCACUGUGAAGCCAAACAGCUUUUACUAGACUAUGCUCACUGUGAAGCCAAACAGCUUGUACUAGACUAUGCUCACUGUGAAGCCAAACAGCUUGUACUAGACUAUGCUCACUGUGAAGCCAAACAGCUUGUACUAGACUGCUCACUGUGAAGCCAAACAGCUUGUACUAGACUAUGCUCACUGUGAAGCCAAACAGCUUGUACUAGACUAUGCUCACUGUGAAGCCAAACAGCUUGUACUAGACUGCUCACUGUGAAGCCAAACAGCUUGUACUAGACUAUGCUCACUGUGAAGACAAUGUCAUUGACAGAAAGGACACGUCUGAGAGCCGAUAGCUUUAGUUGGCCGGGGUACAUGGCCAGGGUACAUUGCCGGGUACAUGGCCGGGGUACAUGGCCGAGGUACCAAAACAGUCGGGGCCGCGUCCCAAACGGCACCCUAUCCCCGAUAUAGCCACAUUUCUUUUGACCAGAGCUCUAUAUGGGCCCUGGUCAAAAGUAGUGCACUAUAAAGGGAAUAGGGUGCCAUUUGGGACGCAUACCCCUAAGUCGCCUCAGAUUCAGGAUCCUGUUAAUUCUGAAGCAUCAGCAGAUAGCUACUGUAUACAGUGAGAUUUAACUAGAUACAUCUGCAGAGUUCACACCACUAACACUAUGGAUCUAUAUUCAUUGAUUCUUCAGAUAUACUGCAUAUUAUAUCCACAUACUGUCCAUAAUGUCUAUACAAGAAGGGUUCUUCUUUAUUUCUACUAUUUUAUACAUUAUAGAAUAAUAGUGAAGACAUUAAAACUAUGAAAUAACACAUAUGGAAUCAUUUAGUAACCAAAAAAAAAUGUUAAACAAAUCAAAAUAUAUUUUAUAUUUCAGAUUCUUCAAAGUUUAUUUAUUUAACCUUUAUUUAACCAGGCGGCAAGUUGAGAACAAGUUCUCAUUUACAACUGCGACCUGGCCAAGAUAAAGCAAAGCAGUUCGACACAUACAACAACACAGAGUUACACAUGGAGUAAACAAACAUACAGUCAAUAACACAGUGGAAAAGUAAGUCGAUAUACAAUGUGAGCAAAUGAGAUGAAGUGGCCACCCUUUGCCUUGAUGACAGCUUUGCACACUCUUGGCAUUAUCUCAACCAGCUUCAUGAGGUAGUCACCUGGAAUACAUUUCGAUUAACAGCUGUACCCAUGUUAUGGCAAGAACCCUCAAAUAAGCAAAGAGAAACGACAGUCCAUCAUUACUUUAAACCAUGAAGGUCAGUCAAUCAGGAUGAUUUCAAGAACUUUGAAAGUUUCUUCAAGUGCAGUUGCAAAAACCAUAAAUCACUAUGAUGAAACUGGCUCUCCUGAGGACUGCCACAGGAAAGGAAGACCCAGUUACCUCUGCUGCAGAGGAUACAUUUAUUAGAGUUACCAGCCUCAGAAAUUGCAUCUCAAAUAAAUGUUUUACAAAGUAAACAGACACAUCUCAACAUCAACUGUUCAGAGGAGACUGUGGGUAUCAGGCCUUCAUGGUCGAAUUGCUGAAAAGAAACCACAACUAAAGGACACCAGUAAGAAAAAGAGACUCGCUUGGGCCAAGAAACACGAGCAAUGGACAUUAGACUGGUGGAAAUCUGUCCUUUAGUCUGAUGAGUCCAAAUGUGAAACUUUUGGUUCCAACCGCUGUGUCUUUGUGAGAAGCAGAGUAGGUGAACGAAUGAUAUCCGCAUGUGUGGUUCCCACCGUGAAGCAUGGAGGAGGAGGUGUGAUGGUGUGGUGGUGCUUUGCUGGUGAUACUGUCUGUGAUUUAUUUAGAAUUCAAGGCACAUUUAACCAGCGUGACUACCACAGCAUUCUGCAGUGAUACGCGAUCCCAUCGGGUUUGCGCUUAGUGGGACUAUCAUUUGUUUUUCGACAGGACAAUGACCCAACACACCUCCAGGCUGUGUAAGGGCUAUUUGAUCAAGAAGUAGAGUGAUGGAGUGCUGAGUCAGAAUGACCUGGCCUCCACAAUCACGCAACUAAAUUGAGAUGGUUUGGGAUGAGUUGGACCGCGGAGUAAAAGAAAAGCAGUGCUCAGCUUAUGUGGGAACUCCUUCAAGACUGUUGGAAAAUCAUUCCAGGUGAAGCUGGUUGAGAGAAUGCCAAGACUGUGCAAAACUGUCAUCAAAGCAAAGGGCGGCUAUUUGAAGAAUCUCAAUUAUAAAAUAUAUUUUGAUUUGUUUAUCACUUUUUUGGUUACUACAUGAUUCCAUGUGUUAUUUCAUAGUUGUGAUGUCUUCACUAUUAUUCUACAAUACAGAAAAUAGCAAAAAUAAAGAAAAACCCUGGAAUGAGUAGGUGUGUCCAAACAUUUGACUGGUACUGUAUAUAUAUAUAUAUAUAUAUAUUUAUACUCUGGACUCCGACAUUACUCGUUCUAAUAUUUCAAUAUUAAUGUAUUAUUUUUUUUUACGUUUAGAUUUGUGUGUAUUGUUAGAUAUUACUCCACUGUUGGAACUAGGAACACAAGCAUUUCACUACAACCACAUUAAUAUCUGAUAAAUUUGUGUACCCGACCAAUAAAAUGAUAUUCGAUACUA